AUGGAUCCUUUCCUUAUGGAUGAUAUUACUCCACAAUCAUCUGCUCAAGAUGAUUCUAACAGUAACGUCCAAGUUACUGAUGACAUUCAAGGUGAGGGACAAUAUACAAGAAAACGGUCUAGAGUUUGGGAGCAUUUUGAAAAGAUUGAAGCUGCAGAUAAAGCUAAAUGUCAGCAUUGUAGUAAGAUUUACAAUUAUCAUCUAAGAAAAAUAGAUACUUCAUCUUUACUUUAUCAUUUAGAUAGUUGUAAAUCCUAUUUGGCGAGUGUGAAUAAGAAGGACAAUACCCAAUUAAAGUUAAUUUGUGCAUUCAAAAAAGAUUAA